CAAGAAGGGAUGGCGUGGAGGCCUCCCAGGGCCUGAGUAGUGUGUGUAAUCCACAGCUCGUUGGACCUGGAGCCUCCAAGUCGGGGGCCUGCACCAGCCAGGAGACAAGAAGAAUCGAUGCUUCUGCCCCUGGCGACAUGUACACGGUGUAAUGACAGGAAAUGAGCAUGUUUGCAGAGAAACCGCUCUCCUGAAAUUUAAGACAAAGGCGUCGUUGCUUGGCUCUGGCUGAGACCAUGGCCAAUGGCAUUGACGAGCUCAUCGGCAUUCCCUUCCCCAACCACAGCAGCGAGGUUCUGUGCAGCCUGAACGAGCAGCGCCAUGACGGCCUGCUCUGCGACGUGCUCCUGGUGGUGCAGGAGCAGGAGUACCGCACGCACCGCUCCGUGCUGGCGGCCUGCAGCAAGUACUUCAAGAAGCUCUUCACGGCCGGCACCCUGGCCAGCCAGCCCUACGUCUACGAGAUCGACUUCGUGCAGCCCGAGGCCCUGGCCGCCAUCCUGGAGUUCGCCUACACCUCCACGCUCACCAUCACCGCCUCCAACGUCAAGCACAUCCUCAACGCCGCCAGGAUGCUGGAGAUCCCCUGCAUCGUGAACGUGUGCCUGGAGAUCAUGGAGCCCGGCGGCGCGGGCGGCGAGGAGGACGACAAGGAGGACGACGACGACGACGACGAGGACGACGACGACGAGGAGGAAGAGGAGGAGGAGGAGGAGGAGGAGGAGGAGGAUGACGAUACGGAGGAUUUCGCUGACCAGGAGAACUUGCCUGACCCCCAAGACAUCAACUGCCACCAAAGCCCUUCCAAGACGGACCACCUCACAGAGAAGGCCUACUCAGACGGCCCCAGGGACUUCCCGGACCCCUUCCGGGCCAGCAGCCCCGGCCACCUGGGCGUGAUCCGGGACUUCUCCAUCGAAUCUCUGCUGAGGGAGAACCUGUACCCCAAAGCUAACGUCCCCGACAGGAGGCCCUCCUUAUCUCCCUUCUCCCCGGACUUCUUCCCGCACCUCUGGCCAGGGGACUUUGGUGCCUUUGCCCAGCUGCCCGAGCAGCCCAUGGACAGUGGGCCACUGGACCUGGUCAUCAAGAAUCGGAAGAUCAAGGAAGAGGAGAAGGAGGAGCUACCCCCACCCCCGCCGCCACCCUUCCCCAACGACUUCUUCAAGGACAUGUUCCCGGACCUCCCCGGGGGGCCGCUGGGCGCCAUCAAGGCGGAAAGUGACUACGGUGCCUAUCUCAACUUCCUGAGCGCCACCCACCUGGGCGGCCUCUUCCCACCCUGGCCGCUGGUGGAGGAGCGCAAGCUGAAGCCCAAGGCCUCUCAGCAGUGUCCCAUCUGCCACAAAGUCAUCAUGGGGGCCGGGAAGCUGCCGAGGCACAUGCGGACCCACACCGGGGAGAAGCCAUACAUGUGCAACAUCUGCGAGGUCCGCUUCACCAGGCAGGACAAGCUGAAGAUCCACAUGCGGAAGCACACAGGGGAACGGCCCUACCUGUGCAUCCAUUGCAACGCCAAGUUCGUGCACAACUACGACCUCAAGAAUCACAUGCGCAUCCACACGGGCGUGCGACCCUACCAGUGCGAGUUCUGCUACAAGAGCUUCACGCGCUCCGACCACCUGCACCGCCACAUCAAGCGCCAGAGCUGCCGCAUGGCACGGCCUCGACGAGGCCGCAAGCCUGCCGCCUGGAGGGCAGCCAGCCUGCUCUUCGGGCCCGGAGGCCCAGCCCCGGAGAAGGCGGCCUUUGUGAUGCCCCCAGCGCUGGGCGAGGUGGGCAGCCACCUGGGCGGGGCCACCAUGUGCCUCCCGGGCCCCAGCCCCACCAAGCACUUCCUGGCAGCACCCAAGGGCGCACUGAGCCUGCAGGAGCUUGAGCGGCAGUUCGAGGAGACACAGAUGAAGCUGUUCGGGCGCGCGCAGCUGGAGGCCGAGAGGAACACGGGGGGCCUCUUGGCCUUCGCGCUGGCCGAGAACGUGGCCGCAGCGAGGCCCUACUUCCCGCUGCCUGACCCAUGGGCCACGGGCCUGGCCGGCCUCCCUGGGCUCGCUGGCCUCAAUCAUGUGGCCUCCAUGUCUGAAGCCAACAACUAGGCUUGUCCUUGUCUGCCCAGUCCAGCUGCCCUGCCCUCUCUCCCAGCAGGCCCGCCCUGCCCCAUCCAAUGGAUCUGAACUUAUUUCAAAAUCACAAAGAAAAAAAAUGAAAGAAAUAUAUAUCAGCAGCAAUGGUAUUUUUCCAGGCCUCCUGAGGCACCUGCCUCCCUUUUGCUUGUGUCUGAGAUGAGCAUCUCCUCUCAGCUGGGCCAGCCUCUCCCUAACUGGCUCUCUCUAGCUCUCACACAGGAACUCACAGUGUCCCAGGCCUCAGAGGAGGCCCCACGCUGGGCGC